GAACUUGUUGCCCACGAUCCUUGGAAACUGAUCAUUGCGGUCACUCUUCUCAAUAAAACGUCGGGAAAGCUCGCGAUACCCGUAUUCUGGGAGCUCGUAGAUCGAUGGCCUACACCGCUGUCCCUCUCCCAAGCUAGCGAUGAGGAGCUAGUAGACCUUAUCCAUCCUUUGGGAACCCAAACCAUCCGCGCGAAACGGCUUAUUGAAAUGUCGAAAUCUUACCUUCUCGACCCGCCUUCUCCUUACGACCGUAAAAAAUACCCUCCGACACCCAUAUCGCACUUACCCGGGACAGGGCGCUACGCACUUGAUUCCUAUCGCAUAUUUUGUACGGCGUAUGAGGAUCCCUCAUCGCAAGAAUGGAAGGCCAUUGUACCAAGCGACAAAAAGCUGGUUCAAUAUAUUAAGUGGAAAUGGGCCGUCGAA